AUGUUUUUUUUUUUUUUUCAUCAGACAGUAUCUUUAGUUUUGAUCAUCGUCGGCACUAUAGGAAACCUUCUGUCCAUCCUUGUGAUGAGCAGGAGAAACAUGAGAUCUUCAAACGCUGCAGUUUACUUGAUAACCCUGGCUAUUGCAGACACCGGAGCACUUAAUCUUGGCUUACUGCCUUUGUUUCUCUUUGAAGUUGACGGCACACGAAUCAUGACCUUUUCGGGACCCAUUUGCAAGACCAACUUAUGGGUGACACGUGUGACUGUGGCAAUCUCUGCCUGGAUCCUCGUAGCGUUCACCAUCGAACGUUUCUUGUCCGUGUAUUUUCCACACAGGCUGAAAGUUAUCUGCACACACAGAUCUUCUAUCAUUGUUGUAAUUUGUAUAGUGUUGGUUAUAUUUGCUCAACAUAGCCACAUACUCUAUAUGUUUGGAGUCAGAACAGUAAUAUACAAUAAUAUGUCUGUACAGAUCAAUUGCACUAUGGUCUCAGAUGAUUACCUUAUUUUUUUUAAAUAUAUUAAUCCGUGGAUUGAUUUAUGUUUGAAUUGUUUUCUCCCUACAAUUAUUGUUGUAGUCUGCAACAUUUGUAUUGCCACGAGAGUACUGCUACGUCGGAGAAACAUGCAACAGAUUACCAAUAAUACAGCUUCCAUGCAUCAGUCUUCAUCGGUAACUGACAGGCAGGAUAACCAAUCACGAUUGACAAUUAUGUUGUUUACGGUAACCAUGGUGUUUCUGAUAACGACUGCUCCUGUCAGGGUACUGUUUCUUUUUGCUGACUGGUUAAGGCAACAGGGUGAUGCUUUCCAACUGCUUGUACGUCCUGGAAUAAUUAUGUUAAAGUAUGUAAACAACUCUAUUAAUUUCUUCCUCUACUGUUUAACCGGAUCUAAAUUCCGGAAUGAGUUACAAAAUAUGUUCAGAUAA